GGGCAUGCGACAACAAAGAAGUCAACGAAUGCCGACUAUGGCAACUACUUGAGCCGACGACUCGUUGCUAAAUCCUGCUCGGACUCCUCCAUGGAAGGCAGGAGCUCUGAUAGCACCUACACAAGCAGCAGUGGCGGUGGUGGUAGUGGAGGCGGCGCCGAUGGCGGCAAGUCUGCGUCCAAGGGUAGCGGUGUUGGUGGCGCAGCAGCGCCCAAUGACAGCAACUGCGCGGGAAUUAGCGGCCGCUUUACACGUCAAGCGGUGAAUUCACGUUUCCCAGCCAUGGAUCGUAUGGAAAUGAAUAGCAACUAUAUGCGCGUUCAUAAGCCAACCACCACCUACAACAAUCAUCAAGCAGGCAUGGGCGCCUAUGCGCAGCUACAACAACAACAAAUGAAUAUGAGUUCAACGUAUCCGAAAAUUAACUAUGGUCUGCCCCCCACACAACAGCAGCAGCAGCAACACCAACAACAACAACGUAGAAGAGCUCAACAGCAACAGCAACAAAGGCAAUCACAGCAAUCAUCGUUGGUGCAACCAGUUGUGAUCGGAACACGCGCCAUGCAGCGUUCGCGUGGCUUUGGUGGUGGCGCCUUUGCUCCAGACAAUUUCCGUUCCGCCGAAAAUUCUCCAAAGGAGCAUAACAGUAAUACAGCGCUGCCUAACAACAACAACAAAGUGAAUAACAAUUUGGAUGGCACCUAUACGAUUUAUAUGAACACAGAUAAUGAUACACACACGCCUGCUGCACUGACAGCUAGUAGAGGCAGCCAGCAGCAACAACAACAACCACAUGUGCAUGCGAAGACCCCAACAGCAACAGCAACAGCAGCAACAAAUGGACGUCGCUUCGUUAAUGUGGAAAAUUUUGCAAAGCAAAGGUAAGUUCGAUGGGUCUCAGAAAUGAAAAGCGCCAAUUGCAAAAACUCGAUUUCACAAUCUGUUAUGGCAAACAUACAUACAAUACAAAUAUAUGCACAUUAGACCGUACCGGAAAAAAAAUAUUUCGCUAUAAUCCCCUGACUCUAAUGUAAUUUUGCACGGC